AUGGUGACAACAGGUUGAUUACAUUGAAAUGUUUCAAUUUUCAUAAACAUCGGCAAAUGAGGUAGUACUAAUAAGUGCUAAUAAAGUGAGAAAAAGAAUAAUUAAUUCCUCAUGUAUUGCUUUCGUACGUUGAAAUCGUAAAAGAAUAUAUUGUUUUCAUUGAAAACUUUUUAAAUGUUUUGGACCGUCGCCACAGCCUUAUCACAAGCCUCGAAUGUAUCUUUUAAGUCAAAAUAAAACCGUGUAGAAUAUCAUAAAGAGUAUAAUCGCUUUGAAUCUCUUUUUACUUUUGUGUGUCUGCUCAUAUGCCAAGUAAUCAAGGUUAUGCAUGGUUUGUGUCUAAUAAGAUAAAUUAUACCGGACUCUUUCGUUUGCGCAACGAAAAUCUCGUUCUCCGUCACAUGGCCUUAUGACGUCUGCGAGUGACUUUUUCAAAGCGAAACAGAACGAUGCCAAAAGAAUGUGCUGCACCGGAUUGCCAAGAAAAAGGAGGAAAAGAUUCAAAGUAUUCUUUUCACAAAUUUCCGAAAGACAGAGCCUUACGAAAAGAGUGGGCCAUUCGAAUAAAAAGGUUCGAUCCCAAAACGAAAAAGCUUUGGGAGCCCAAAGACUCGGACACAUUAUGCUCAAAACAUUUUGUUUACGAUUGCUUUACCAGCAGGACCCGAAUGAGCAGACAGUUAGGUUUGCCCUUCGCGGCCCGCCUUCUGCCAGAUGCAGUUCCAACAAUUUUUCAACACAAUGAAAUUGCUCGAAAAAGAAAGAAGGAUCUCUCUGACAGACGAUCAGUUUCAGUCGCCAGACUACGGCAUAAACAGAAUUCAAGUGAAAGCACUAGUAAAUGCAUGGAAGCAAACACAUGGCUAUCCAAGGAAUAUACACCAAACAAGCAACCAUGCCCUGUGAAGACUAAAAGAUCAGCUAAAAGGUUGAAGAAACAAAUGCUGCUUUCAUCCAUGGCUUCAGGCACUGAUACUGGAUCAACUAAAAUUUUCUUGAAAACAAUUAAAAUGGAGGACAAUCCAGAUAUUGAUGACAUUGAAAUUACAGCGGCUGGAAGUGAGAAAUCAUCUACUAUGAACAAGUUAACUCCUUUUAUAAAGAAAGAACUUGAAGACUUAAAUUCAUCGUGGAGUGCGGUGCGAGCAGAUAAUGAUGGUUUUGAAAAUAAAACAGAGAUUUUCAUGGCUGGAAGUGAAGAAUCAUCUAGUGUGAACAAGUUAACUUCUUUUAUGAAGAAAGAACCAGAAGAUUUCAAUUCACCAUGGGGUAUGGUGCAGGCAGAUAAUGAUGGUUUAACUACUUUUAUAAAGAAGGAACCUGAAGACUUCAAUUCAUCAUUGAGUAUGGUGCUAACUGAUAAUGAUGGUUUUGAAAAUAAAAUGGAGACCAAGGUUUAUCCAACAGGAAUAUAUUGUAACCUACACUUUGCUCAUCGACUGGAGAAUCGCCUGUGAUGCAACAAAAGAUAUUUCUCACAUAGCUACUGGAUGCAAAUACAAGAAAUUUUCAUAAGCUUCUUA